UAGAAAGUAAUGGCGACAGAAUUAGGAGGCACGGCGGUGUUCUACUGGGCAACGCUGGUUCUGUGGUCGGCGUCGCUAGGGUUCGAGAUCGCCGUCAAGAGGCGGUUCGAGCUAUCUACGGCGGUCGCCGGCGUCUUUUUCUUCCAGACGGCUAAUUGGGCCUUCCGCUACGGCGUCUCCAAAGACCCACUAUUUGUCAACACCGCCGUCUCCUUACUUCACUCCUCAAUUGUCUCCUUGAGCGUUCUCGUAAUUUUGGCGAGGCAGUUGAUGGUUAAUGGUCUCAACAAAAUGUUAGAACAUAACCAAUUAUUUGGUGGGACAUGGCGAGGUGCUUAUGCUACAUUGUGUUUUUCAUGUGGAUACUUUGCCUAUGAUCAAAUGGACAUGCUUGUAUAUCGGCUGUACACUGGUCGGUUUCCGUCGAUUCUUGCGCACCAUCUCGUUCUACUGAUUUGCUUUACGCUGGCCCUGUAUCGACACGUUACAAUCAACUAUCUUAUUUUAACUCUUGUCUGUGAG